AUGUAUAGACCAGAAUUAUUUUGUCAUAGUAUAUUUAGUGAUAUAAGGCAUCAAGAGGACGUAGAACGUUUUGAAUUCCUUCAGCUUCAACAAAAAGUUGCAUCUCAAUCUGAUGAUAGUUUUCAAGAUGAAGAUGUUAAACCUAUAAUUAAUAAUAUUGAGAAUGAAUCCCAGACUGAUUUAAAUGAUUCAAGGAAAGGUAAACAGCAGAAAUGUAAUGUUUGUGACAAGGUUUUGUCUUCAGCUUCUAGCUACUAUGUACAUAUGAAAAAGCAUUCUAAUAAUAAACCUUAUCAGUGCAUACAUUGUGAUGCAUCUUUUUGUAGGAAACCAUAUUUAGAGGUUCACAUGCGUACUCACACAGGAGAAAAGCCCUUUGAAUGUAAUUUAUGUCAGAAACGAUUUACCCAAAAAUCUAGUCUUAAUACUCACAAGCGAGCACAUACAGGUUUACGGCCCUUUGCCUGCGACAUAUGCUUUAAGAAAUUUUCUGUUAAGUCUUACCUAAUAGCACACAAGUGGAGCCAUGCUGCGUCAAAUGGAAUUGCAUGCGCAAUUUGCAAUAUGACGUUCAACAACAAAAAUUUAUAUAUGAUUCAUACACAAACUCAUAAUUCGGUAGUGUUUGGAUGUGAUGAUUGCCAUAAAAUUUUCGCAAAGGAAUCGUUUUUGAUUAGGCAUAAAACUAGGGUACAUAACAAACCUGCUGCAGAAGAAAAUAGCUAA